AUGCAAGAAUUCACAGUUGUAAUUGUAGGUGCUGGUCCUUCUGGCCUUGCAAUUUCUGCUUGCCUAACACAAAACUCCAUCUCUCAUAUCAUACUCGAAAAAGAUGAUUGUUGUGCUUCUCUUUGGAGGAAAAAUGCAUAUGAUCGUUUAAACCUUCACUUGGCUAGUGAGUUUUGCUCUUUACCCCUCAUGCCUCACCCACCCUCAGGCCCAACCUACCUAUCGAAAUACCAAUUCCUUCAAUACAUAGACAAAUAUGUCGCCCAUUUCAACAUAAAAUCUCACUAUUGUCGCACAGUUGAGUCUGCUAAGUAUGACGAGAUUAGAAGCGAAUGGAGGGUUGAAACAAAGAACACAAUAGAAGGGAUAUUGGAAGUUUAUGAGGCGAAGUUUCUUGUGAUCGCCACCGGCGAAAAUAGUGAAGGUUAUAUUCCUAAUGUGCCUGGACUGAAUAACUUUGAAGGAGAGGUGGUACACUCCAAAAAUUACAAAUCUGGUUCAAAAUAUAAAACAAAAGAGGUUUUGGUAGUUGGAUGUGGUAACUCAGGAAUGGAGAUUGCUUAUGACCUCCAUAACUCGGGUGCUAACCCAUCUAUUGUGGUUCGAAGUCCGUUUCAUGUCUUCAAUAGAGAAAUAAUUCACCAAGGGAUGCGAAUGGUGAAAUAUUUUUCGGUUGGUGUUGUGGAUACUAUCAUUACUCUAUGGGCAAAACUAAAAUAUGGUGAUUUGUCUAAGUAUGGGAUUUAUCGUCCUAAAUUGGGACCUUUCAAUCUUAAGAAUGUGACAGGAAAGUCUGCAGUUAUUGAUGUUGGAACCGUUGAAAAGAUUAAGGAGGGGUCUAUAAAGGUUGUUUCUUCAUAUAUUACGAGAAUUGAGAAAAAGAAAGUUGUAUUUGAAAACAACAUGGAAAAAGAGUUUGAUGCGAUCGUUUUUGCAACUGGCUACAAAAGCAUAGCUAAUGGGUGGCUUAAGGAUUACAAAUAUGCUCUUAAUGAGAAAGGGAUGCCAAAAAAUGCUUACCCGAGUCAUUGGAAGGGGGAUCAUGGAUUGUACUGUGCAGGACUGGCAAGGAGAGGCUUGUCGGGAGUCAAAAUAGAUGCAGAGUCAAUUGCAGAGGACAUCAACCAAACUUUUAAUUUUCAUAAUUAA